CGGCGGCGUCGAUGCUCGCACAGCACCGAGUUGACGCGUGCCGGCCAACCGAGGGCCCCUGUACGCCUCUCUCCUCACACCUCCGCCACACCUGGCGAUGUGCGUAUAUACACGUCCGAUAAGAUAAACCGCCGGCGGCGUCAGUCCACUGAGAUGAUAUAGCGCGCGCCGCGGCCAUCUUAUUUAUUCGUUAUCGCGAGUGUGCGUCUUGCGGUUUGGCAUCUGUGAGCUUUUUCCGAGGUGGGCGCACCGUAUGCCCGAAGCCCCUGCAACGGAUGAACCACUUGCGUGCUUGACGACGGCCUCCUGUGUGAUCCGAGUGACAGAAACACCUCUUCUGACCGACGGCAUACUGCACGGGUUUCGAAGACUUUCCGUUGCCUGACCUGUUUUGUGCAGUGCCUGUUGCCAGUCGUGUGUAUGGGGCGUUAACGCCGGCGACGUGUCGACGUUGCUCCUAGGCGGAACCGAACGCGACCUGAACCCACGCUACUCCUAGCACAACGACAUUGUGUGGAAGAAUAUACACAUGGUAUCCGUGCCUGUUGUACACUGCAGUGUCGAGGACGUAGUAGCGCUGGAGUGAACUGCAGGCAACGUAGGAGGGGAUUCGUCAGCGUGACGCUCGGCGAAGAAACUUGUUCCUGGAAGUGCUUGCUCUAUAUAAAUAUCAUACCGAGUGGUUAUGUCUUGAACGGCUGUUAGCAAGCGUGUGAAGCUGUGUGGCAUGUUGCGUGCGCACGCUGUAUGUUUGACCUGCGCUUCUAAGCAAAAUCACGCAGCGUGUUCAGCAUCGUGAGUGAAACAUGUCGUGAAAGCACCUUGGCAACCAUGGUUUGAUUAACGCACGCCUUAACUUUUAAAGUGAACGAAAACUGACGCAAAGAUGCGCUUCGACGACGCACUUUUGUGCAGUUCUGCUUGAACACGUUGGCAUUAACGCAGAGUGCCGACGUCUGCGUGUUCUGGAGUGCUGUUCGUCGCUUCAACUGGAGGUGCAUCCCGCUUCGCAAACAACGCAUCCUCCUGCAGUUUUUCACUUCUCGUCGUUAUACUGUUGUGCGAAUCGGUUUGAACACGUGCCAAAGAAGACAUGCCUCCGUUAAAGUGGUACAGGCCGACGGUAUUGUCAAGACAAUGGAUUACGGCGUGGUUGGUGGUGAUAGCUUGUUGCCUGUCGGGUAAUGCACUGUGCGCUGCUGAGCGCCGCUUUCAAGACCCGGGUUUUUUGGGCGACCGCACUACAAUAGUGGAGCUUUUCGAAUGGGCCUGGCCCGACGUCGCCCAGGAGUGCGUCGAUUUUCUCGGACCGUUCGGCUACGGAGCAGUGCAGGUGUCCCCGCCAAGCGAGAACGCCGUGUUGCUCUACACGACCCCUGGCGGAGUGAGCGUGAGGUCCUGGCACGAGCGCUACGAGCCCGUCAGCUACCACAUCGCAUCGCCCAGCGGCGACCUGCAAGAGUUCGCCGACAUGGUGCGCAGGUGUAACGAGAGCCACGUAAGGGUAUUCGUGGACGUGGUGCUGAACCACAUGACCUCAAACAUCGGCAAGGGCCAUGGUUACGAUGGAACCGAGUUCAACUCGGACAUCUUCGCCUAUGACGGCGUCCCGUACAGCGCCAGCGACUUCCACUCGCACGCCGAUUGCGGCACCACCAGCGGCAUGAUUGAGGACUACUUCAACGAAGUACAGGUACGUAACUGCAAGUUCCGUGAUCGCGCAGACCUGAACCACAGGCUUGAGGGAGUCCGCUCCAAAAUCACUGACUACCUCAAGCAGCUGCUGUCGCUUGGCGUGAGCGGCUUUAGGAUCGACGGUGCAGACUACAUGUGGCCAGACGACCUGGAGGUCAUUUACAGCCGACUGAAGGAACCGGACGUGGAGAAGAUAGAGUUCUACGAGGCUGACACUGCCUCAGAUAGCUUGACGGAAACCCUGUCAGAGAGUGCGUCGGAAACACUUCCGGAGGCUCCCUCAGAGACUCCUUCCGAAGCACCCUCGGAGACUCCCUCAGAAACUCCCUCAAAUACUCCCUCGGAGACUCCUUCAGACACUCCUGCGGAUAUUUCAUCGGAUUCCCCCUCUGAUCCACCCUCGGAUACUCCUGGCGUGACCGCAGAAAGGACAACAGUGCACACGCAUACUUCCUCGAACGUGAGAAAGCGAGACACGACAGUGCACCAGGGUGGUGAAACAGUUACCCCUCCGCGGUUUGCUUCGCAUUUUGAUGGCCCGUUUAUUUAUCACGAGAUGUCGGUACUCAACCUGCCCUGGACGAAGGAGUACGAAAGGAUAGGAGCUGUUACGAAUGCCACGUCCUUUACGACGUACGCCAACGCCCUGAAUAAGGUCCGAGGAAGCCAGCUAAAGGAUCUGCGAGCCUUCAUCAUGGAAGCACAAGAUGCCGGUAAUGCUGCCCAGGUGAUUUACGUGGACAACCACGAGACGCAGCGCGGCGUAGACGUGUUCAACGCUGUGGGCGACGUGGUUUCGUAUCAGGACCGUAAGCGACACGUUCUGGCCACCGUGCUCAUGCUGGCGCAGCCGCGUGGCGUGCCGCGAGUGAUGAGUAGCUACGCGCUCGACAGGAAGUUCGACACGUAUGUGCCGCCCAAGGUGCUGGGACCGCCCUUCGACCACCUGUUCAACACCAAACCAGUGCUCAUGAAGGAGAACUUCGAGUGCUACAACGGCUGGAUAUGCGAACACAGGUGGCUGCCCAUUCGCAACAUGGUGCGCUUCCGCAACUCGGUGGCCGCCGCGGCCGCCGUCAACUGGUGGGACGACGACGAAGACGCCGUGGCGUUCGCGCGCCUCCGCCGCGGUUUCGUGCUCGUCAACAACGGCCGUUCGGUGGCGCGCGGCCUGUUCAACACCACCCUGCCGGCGGGUUACUACUGCGACGUGCUGAGCGGCUCCCGCCACGACGCGCGCACUUGCUCGGGCCACGUGGUGCGCGUGCGCCAAGACGGUUUCGCCGAGCUGAGCGUCGACCCGUCAGCCGAGGUGCCCGCCGUCGCCAUACACAUACAGGAGAGAGUCUUCCCUGAUUACUUCUAGUCGGCGCAGAAGCCCCGGUCGCGAAAAUGCGUCUCUGCGGUGGGCAAGCACAGUCCGUCAAUGAGAAGAACGGGCUUUGAUAAGCGACCUUGUACUUGGCCUUCUCGGUUGCCGCAUAGUAUCGCACACCAUAGUCGUGAAAAACAAACAAAAAAAGACGGACAGAAAGAAGGGAAAGCACGACACAGCUCAGUUUGCUGUGUCCACAUCUCGAGUCUUCGACCCCAAAAUAAACGCACCAUGCCGACACCCAAACA